AUGCUCCUAAUGACAUUAUAUUCAUAUUUAUCUACACGUGUUCCACGAUGCAUUUAUAAUCAUUCUCUUUCUUUCUUGUUUGCUUUCUUCUUUCUUGCUUGCUUUCCUUUUAUCUUUCUUUCUUUCUUUUCUUUCUUUUCUUUCUUUCUUUUCCGCCAUGGUUUUUCUUUCUUUUCUUUCUUUCUUUGUUUCAUUCUUUCUUUUUCUUUAUUUGUUUCUUUUUCUUUCUUUUUUCCGCCAGUAUGUUUAUUCUUUUCUUUUCUUGCUUUUUUUUUCUUUUUUUUUGCUUUUUGUUUCUUUUUGUUUCUUUUUCUUUCUUUCUUUUCCACCAAUAUGUUUUCUUUCUUUCUUUCUUUCUUUCUUUCUUUCUUUCUUUCUUUCUUUCUUUGCUUUCUUUUCCGCCAGUGUGUUUAUUCUUUCUUUCUUGCUUUCUUUGUUUCUUUGUUUCUUUCUUUUCUACCAAUAUGUUUAUUUUUUCUUUCUUUUCUUUCUUUCUUUGUUUCUUUUUUCUUUGUUUCUUUUUCCGCCAGUUUUUUAUUCUUUCUUUCUUUCUUUCUUUUCUUUUUUCUUUCUUUUCUUUUUUCUUUCUUUUCCGCCAGUGUGUUUAUUCUUUCUUUCUUGCUUUCUUUGUUUCAUUCUUUCUUGCUUUCUUUGUUUCUUUGUUUCUUUCUUUUCUACCAAUAUGUUUAUUUUUUCUUUCUUUUCUUUCUUUCUUUUCUUUCUUUCUUUUCUUUCUUUCUUUUCCGCCAGUAUGUUUAUUCUUUCUUUCUUGCUUUCUUUGUUUCUUUCUUUCUUGCUUUCUUUGUUUCUUUCUUUCUUUCCCGCCAGUAUGUUUAUUCUUUCUUUUUUUUGUUUUUUGUUUGUUUUUUUGUUUCUUUCUUUCUUUCUUUCUUUCUUUCUUUUCCACCAAUAUUUUUUUUCUUUCUUUCUUUCUUUCUUUCUUUCUUUUCUUUUUUUCCGCCAGUGUGUUUAUUCUUUCUUUCUUUCUUUUGUUUCUUUGUUUCUUUUCACCAAUAUGUUUUUUUUUGCUUUCUUUCUUUUCUUUGUUUUCUUUCUUUUCUACCAAUAUGUUUUUCUUUCUUUCUUUCUUUUUUCUUUCUUUCUUUCUUUCUUUCUUUUCUUUCUUUCUUUUCCGCCAGUGUGUUUAUUCUUUCUUUCUUUCUUUGUUUUUUGUUUUUUCUUUUCAAUAUUUUAUUUUUUCUUUCUUUUCUUUCUUUCUUUUUUCUUUCUUUUCUUUCUUUCUUUUCCGCCAGUAUGUUUAUUCUUUUUUUCUUUCUUUCUUUCUUUUCUUUCUUUCUUUCUUUGUUUGUUUCUUUCUUUUUUCUUGCCAGUAUGUUUAUUCUUUCUUUCUUUCUUUCUUUCUUUUCUUUCUUUCUUUCUUUAUUUCUUUUGUUAUUUUAUGUUUAUUCUUUUUUUAUUUAUUUUCAUGCUCUCUUUCUUUCUUCUUCCGUUCUUUUUUUUUUUUUUCUUUCUUUCUUUCUUUCUUGUUAUUUUCUGUGUAUUUGUUUAUAUAUAUUGAAAACAUAUUUUCUUCAUCCGUUCUUUUUUUUUUCUGUUUUGCAAAAACAAUGGAAUCUGUCUGUAUUUUCAAAUUCCUUUUCAUCCUCCUUUCUUAUGCUAUGUAUAAAAUUAUCAUAA